CAUUAGCUUAAAACUUGUAAUCAAUAGAGAUCUCCAAAGUCUGGUUUGGGUUUUAUGGGUUUCCAGGGAGAUGAAGAAUCCGCGCCCCAAAUUCCAAGAAAAUCCUUGUUUGGAAUCAGAUAUAACUCUCCCUUGGUCCAAGUUAUGUUAAUUGGGUUUGUUUGCUUUUGUUGUCCGGGUAUGUUCAAUGCCUUGAAUGGCAUGGGAGGUGGCGGGCAAGUGGAUCCAACGGCCGCCGAUAACGCUUCUACCGCGCUAUACACUACUUUUGCCAUAUUCGGCAUCAUCGGGGGCGGCGUCUACAACAUCCUUGGACCUCGUCUCACUCUCUUCGCCGGCUGCACCACUUAUGUCCUCUACGUUGGUUCCUUCCUCUACUACAACCACCACAAGGAACAGACCUUCGCAAUUAUUUCUGGCGCAAUCCUCGGCGUGGGUGCCGGAUUCCUCUGGGCCGGCGAAGGCGCCAUCAUGACUUCCUACCCCCCACCCCACCGCAAAGGGACUUACAUAUCCAUUUUUUGGAGUAUAUUCAAUAUGGGCGGUGUUAUCGGGGGUCUAAUUCCCUUCAUCCUCAAUUACAAGCGCACGGCUUCUUCCGUCAACGACGGUACCUACAUCGGUUUCAUGUGCUUCAUGUCGGUUGGGGCUCUGAUUUCUCUGGCCAUUUUGCCGCCCAGUCGCGUGGUUCGUGAUGACGGCUCACGAUGCACCAACAUCAAGUACUCCAAUGUUUCCACCGAGAGUGUUGAGAUUCUCAAGCUGUUUUUGAAUUGGAAGAUGCUCUUGAUGGUCCCUGCUGCAUGGUCCAGUAACUUUUUCUAUACCUACCAGUUCAAUAACGUUAAUGGGGUAUUAUUUAACUUGAGGACAAGAGGGUUCAACAAUGUUUUCUACUGGGGAGCACAGAUGGUGGGCUCGGUUGGGAUAGGAUAUUUAUUGGAUUUCAGUUUUAAGAGUAGGAGGGCCAGGGGUCUGUUUGGAAUUAGUUUGGUUGCGCUUUUGGGUACUGGAAUAUGGGCAGGUGGUCUGGCCAACCAGCUGAGAUACUCCCGCCAUAAGUUGCCAGAUACGUUGGACUUUAAGGACUCGGGUUCUAAUUUUGUUGGGCCUUUCUUCUUAUUUUUCUGUUUUGGGUUGCUGGAUGCCAUGUUCCAGAGUAUGGUCUACUGGGUUAUUGGAGCCUUGGCAGAUGAUUCGGAGACCUUGAGCAGGUAUAGUGGAUUCUACAAGGGAGUGCAGAGUGCAGGGGCUGCAGUUGCUUGGCAAGUUGACAACCACAAGGUCUCCUACAUGUCCCAGCUGGUUGUCAAUUGGUCGCUCACAACACUGAGUUAUCCUCUGCUGGCUGUUUUGGUCUUCUUGGCUGUGAAGGAUGAUGAUGAUAAGCCUAUUGAUGACACGCCCAAGGAGGUUACUCCUCCAUUAGCUAAACCUGCAGUCAACUGACGCUAAGCUUAGGUUUCUAUUUUUGUAUCUGGUUUCUGUUUUCAAAUCACGUCAUAUGUAUGUUGCUGAAAAUGCAAUAUUAAUUGUACAGCACUGGUGCUUCUAUUUGCCCUUCAUGAAAAAUCCUUCUCGCUGGCCGCCAAAGUUGAUGUUGUAAUGCUAUAUCACGAACUCCAUCGGGGUUCAGAGUGUGUUCGCAAGUGUUAUUUCAAAGUCAAGAAACUGAUUUCGACUAAUUUAAGAUA